CCGGCCCAGGACCACAGGGCAGGGUGCGCGCUCCGGGGCAGGUCCUGUCUGCUGCUGCUGCACAGCCUCCCCUUGUCUGGAGCGCGCCUGCCUUUGUCCCCUCCCUCCCGGGAACUCGCAGGCGCUGCCCCUGCGUCCUCUCGCCGCCGCCGACCUCUCAGUGUCAGUCUCUGUCCCCGUCCCUUGGGUGGGCUGAGCUGCAGACAGUCGCCGCGCCCCUCCCGUCACCGGCACAGAGAACAGCUCCGGCAGCCACCUGGGGCUCCCUCCCUCCCUCUCGCUGCUGCCGUUGCCGCCACAGCGGGCUCCCUGCUCAGCUGCCACUGCCCUGCCGGCCCUGCCUCCCCCACCCUCCAGCCAUGUGCCCGCCUCAGCCUGUGGAAUGCGUGCGGCCCAGGGCCGGCCCCCAGAGCGCCCGCCCGGCCGCGCAUGGAGCGCGCUGAGCCCGGCCACCCUCUCCGCCCUGCCCGGCACAGCUGCCGCCUCGAGCCCCCUGGCCCGGCCCAGCCCCGAGACCCCGGGCCCCGGUGGCCCGUGCGUGUGGACAUGCGGCUCCGCGAGCUGUCCCUGCGCCAGGACCCAGACCUGAGGCAGGAGCUGGCCUCGCUGGCCCGCGGCUGCGACUUCGUGCUGCCCUCGCGAUUCAAGAAGCGGCUCAAGGCCUUCCAGCAGGUGCAGACGAGGAAGGAGGAGCCCCGGCCGCCGGCCUCCAGCCAAAACAUUCCCGCCUUCUACUUUCCUCGCGGUCGGCCACAGGACACAGCGAACACCGACGCUGUCAUCGCUAAGAUCGAGAGAACCUUCGCCCAGUUCCCACACGAGAGGGCCACCAUGGAGGACAUGGGCAGAGUGGCCAAGGCCUGUGGCUGCCCGCUGUACUGGAAGGGGCCCCUCUUCUGCUGCGCCGGCGGGGAGCGCACGGGCUCCGUCUCCGUGCACAAGUUCGUCGCCAUGUGGAGAAAGAUCUUGCAGAACUGCCACGACGAUGCCGCCCGGUUCGUCCACCUGCUCAUGAGCCCGGGUUGCAACUACCUGGUGCAGGAGGACUUCGUUCCCUUCCUGCAGGACGUGGUGAACACCCACCCCGGCCUGGCCUUCCUGAAGGAGGCGUCGGAGUUCCACUCGCGCUACAUUACCACGGUCAUUCAGAGGAUCUUCUACGCUGUGAACAGGUCCUGGUCGGGGCGGAUCACCUGUGCUGAGCUGCGCAGGAGCACCUUCCUGCAGAACGUGGCGCUGCUGGAGGAGGAGGCGGACAUCAACCAGCUGACGGAGUUCUUCUCCUACGAGCACUUCUACGUCAUCUACUGCAAGUUCUGGGAGCUGGACACCGACCACGACCUGCUCAUCGACCCGCAGGACCUGGCCCGGCACAACGACCACGCCAUCUCCACCCGCAUGGUCGAGAGGAUCUUCUCCGGAGCCGUGACGCGAGGCAGGAAAGUGCAGAAGGAGGGCAAGAUCAGCUACGCCGACUUUGUCUGGUUCCUCAUCUCCGAGGAAGACAAGAAGACCCCGACCAGCAUCGAGUACUGGUUCCGCUGCAUGGACCUGGACGGGGACGGGGCGCUGUCCAUGUUCGAGCUGCAGCACUUCUACGAGGAGCAGAGCCGCCGGCUGGAGGGCAUGGGCAUCGAGGCCCUGCCCUUCGAGGACUGCCUCUGCCAGAUGCUGGACCUGGUGCAGCCGGAGUGCGCAGGCAGGAUCACGCUGCGCGACCUCAAGAGGUGCAAGCUGGCCUACGUCUUCUUCGACACCUUCUUCAACAUCGAGAAGUACCUGGACCACGAGCAGAGGGAGCAGGUGUCCCUGCUCAGGGAGGCGGAGGCAGAAGGCCCUGAGCUGUCGGACUGGGAGAGGUACGCGGCCGAGGAGUACGACAUCCUGGUGGCCGAGGAGGCCGCGGGGGACCCCUGGGAGGAUGGGUACGAGGCGGAGCUGAGCCCCGUGGACCAGAAGCUGAGCGCCCUGCGGACGCCGCUGGCCCAGAGGCCCUUCUUCCAGACGCCGUCCGUCCUGGGUGCCACUGACCUGUACGAGGACGAGGAGGAGGAAGAGGAGGGCAGUGACGACGACAUGCAGCCCUCGUGACCGCCUCCGAGGGCCGUGGGUGUGGUCGGCGACGCCGCAGCUCCUGCGUGGAAGCCAACAGCACUGUGCGUGACCGUUCCGGAGGGUGAGCUCUUUACGGAACACGAGGUGCGCUCGUUCAGAGUGAUGCGUCUGUUUAUUUAUUCGGCGCCGAGGCUGGGCGCAGCUGGGCCCGGAUGGGGGACACUGCCGCCUGGCCCGGCGGGCAGAGCGGACGCUGGCCCGGGAGACGCUGGGGCCACUGUCAGACCCACGGUUUGGAGACGGACCGGGCCGACCGAUGGGUGACGCCCCAGGGAACCCUGUUCUGUCUUGGGAGGACCUACCCGUUCCUGGGACCUGUCCCUGCGCGGUCGGCUGCGUCGCUGUCUGCGUCCGGUCGGCGGCGAGUGCGUCCAGACGCUGCGCCCUGCAUCCCGCGUCUGCCCGCGUCCGGGCACUGGGCUGCCCCCUGGUGACGCUUCUGCGAUCCUUUCCUCCUCCGUGUACAAACUGUACAGUUAACGUGUAUUUGCUGUGGAGCGCGAUUUUAAAACGUUUUACGAGAUCACAUUUGUAUUUUCAAAUAAAUAAUUUAAGGGUUUUCA